AUGUAUGACUGGCCAAAGAAGACAAUUUAUAACGUCGGAAUCCCCAAUCGAGCAGUAUCAGUCGGCAGCAGCACCCGCAUUGAUUUCCGAUCUAUACCUCUUCUCAAGGGCCUCAAACUGGAAACCAUUGAGACACAUCUUAUAGAAACACAUUUUGUCGCGAAACCAUCACCGGCCACUCGUUCUCGCGAAGUGUUGAUAGAUGAAUAUGAGCCUCCAGGCUGGGAUAAAUUAGAUAUAGUGCCCUUCGACGACGAGCAUACACAUUAUUUGUACCACUUCUCUCAAACCCUCUGCCUCCCGAAAUCUACCAAAGAUUGCCUUCAAAGCACAGCAACCACAAAUCUCCAAGUCGAACAUAAGAUUGCGGUCCUUACCACGCUCUUAAAUCCGGAUGGCCAUAUCUCAUCUAUUGGUCAACCCUUUCCGGCUUGGGAAUGUGAACUAGGUUAAUGUACAUAGAUCCGUUUCUCCG